AGAGACGAUUUAAACUAAAACUGUUACUAUUAGAUUUGAAUCAAUCUUUACCUAAGAUUGUAUGUGUAAGGCGAUAGAAUCCCUUAUGGGUCUCUCGCUGCCCAUCCUGUCGUCGUUCUCUCCUUCUCCAAGCUGCCCAUUUUGUGUUCGAAGGAAUUUGUCUGAGAGAGAUGGAGAGAGAUUAGAGUUUCGAUUUCGCUUGGGAAGCAUAGAGAGGCCUUCAUCUCUGAAAAAAUAUAAAUUUUUUCACUCUCUGUGGGCUACAAGGUAAGGCAACCAGGUGAUCAUCCUAGGCAUGUGUAUCUAAAGUAGUCCAAGAAAAGGUUAAUAAUCCAUAUAACAACUCAAAAUGCUUUGAAGCGUUGGAUGCUCCUGCAUAACAUAGCCAUGCACCAUUUUUGGAUCAUGGGGGCUGUAUUACAUUCAUUGCUGCGCCUGCAAAUUAAAGUUUUGCGUGAUGUUAUCGGUUGGGAGUGAGAUGAGAAACAAAUGGAAUUCGUUCGUUUAGCAGACUAGUGGGCAAUUCCAAACCAUAAAUGAUGUUCUUGGUUUGAUUAUCCUUGUGUAUACAGGAUACUACAGUCAAAACAGGAUUAAACCCCAUUCUGGUGAAUGGUCAUGGUUGGUUCUAAGAAUUUAUGGUGGUAAAAGUCGAUAUUUUGAAUUUAAAAAACUAAAACAGUAAAAUUCUGAUUGAUGUUUUGUGGCAGGAAGCUUGUUCUUUUUGGCUUCAGAAUCUUGUAAUUCCUGACUUCUCAGUUUUCAUGAGAUGGUUUACUGCUAGAUCCAUGGAGCUAUAGCAUGACUGCAUGAGUGUUUGUGCACUCUUAUUCUUGAAAUGGAUAACGAGUAUCGUAUUUUUUAACCUCCCUUUAUUGUUUCAUCCUUUGCAUGCUUUUCUAAUUCACUGUUAUCCUUGGGUCCUUAUGCUUAGAAUAUACAGUGGUGCAUGAUAGAUAUCAUAUUCCUCUGUUGUUCUCUAUUAUAUUGAGGCUUAGACAAUAUCCUAGUUUAUCCUUAUGGAUGCAGGCAUCUAUGUUGGAAAUGAUAAGGUAAUCCAUUUCACCAGAGGACAAGGUCAAGAAGUCGGGACUGGAACUGUGCUGGAUGCGCUUCUAUUAAGCUCCUUACCAGCCCGAUAUCAGCUCUGCUCCACCUGCUUCACUUGCCCACAACUAGCAGAAGGUGAUGGAGUCGUCUCUUCCUGUCUAGAUUGUUUUCUCGCUGGUGGGGUCCUGUACCAUUUCGAGUAUGGUGUCAAUCCUGUUCUCUUUCUAGCAAAAGCACGGGGUGGAACAUGCACCACUGCUGUCUCAGACCCAGAUGAUAUUGUAGUCGACCGAGCAACCUACCUGCUUAACAAUGGCUUUCGGAGUUAUAAUGUUUUCGAGAGCAACUGUGAAGAUUUUGCAAUUUACUGUAAGACCAGUCUGCUUGUUGUUGAACAAGGAGCAAUUGGCCAUAGUGGUCAAGCAACAUCAAUAAUAGGUGGGUCUGUCUCUGCCAUCUUGGCAACACCAUUGUGCCUUCUUACCACCAAUGUGUAUGGGAUAGUAGCAACAGGGAUUGGGCUCUACUGUCGAAUCCGGUAUGCUACAGAUAUUGGCAUGAGGAAGGAAGUGGAGAAGGUAGCAGUGGAAGAUCUCAGUAAGUUUCUACCAAGAAAAUAAGAUCUCAGCAAGUGAGACUUGAUUUUCAUGAACAAUGUAUGUGAUACUGGGCUUGUUCCAUGGGUGGUCUUUGAUCAAUAAAUUGUUGGAAGCUGUGGUUCCCAACA